AUGAAACAUAAUCCUACACGCAUUCUCUCUCUCUCUCUCUCUCUCUCUCUCUCUCUCUAUCUCUGCCUCUAUCUGUAUUUUUCUCUCCUUCUACACCCCUCUCUCUCUCUCUCUGUAUGUCUCUCUCUCUCUCUCUUACCAAUUUCCUUCUCUUCUCUCCCUGCUACCCGUUUAAAAAUUUGCCUUCUUCCUUUCUCAUCACAUUAUUUAACUUUCUUUCUUUUCCCUCUCUUUCUCUCUUCUUGCAAUUAUUUAACUUUCUUUCUUUUCCCUCUCUUUCUCUCUUCUUGCAAUUAUUUAUUUUCUUUCUUUUCCCUCUCUUUCUCUCUUCUUGCAAUUAUUUAUUUUCUUUCUUUUCCCCCUCUUUCUCUCUUCUUGCACAUAUUUCUAUAUCUAUCUUUUUCUCUCUUCAUGUACAUAUUUUUUCUUUUCCUAUCUCUCUCUAUUUUUGCAACUAUUUGUUUUUCUUCUUUUUCCUCUCUUUCUCUCUUUUUUCUCGUAUUUCUUUUUUCUUAUUCAAUUUUUUCUCUCUUUCUCUGUUCAUGCACCUAUUUCUUUUUCUCUCUUUCUCUCUUCUUGCACCUCUCACUUUUCUUUCUUUUUCUCUCUUUCUUAUUGCACUUUUCUCUUUUUCUUUCUUUUCCUCGUUUUUUCUCCUUGUACCUCUCUCUUUUUCUUCCUUGUAUUCUCUUUCUCUCUUCAUUUACCUGUCUUUUCUUCCCCUUUCUCUUUUUCUCUCAUCUUGUACCUCUCUCUUUUUCUUCCUGUUUCUCUUGUUGCAACUCACUCUUUUUCUUUCUUUACUCUCUUUCUCUCUACUUGCACCUCUCUCUUUUUCUUUCUUUUACUCUCUUUCUCUCUUAUUAUAAUAUCUUUUCGGUAUUGACAUUUUACAUUCGUUUUCUCUUUUCUCUUUAUCUUGAUGUCUUUUCUUUCUUCACUAUUUCCUCUCCCCUUCUUUUUUCUUCCCAACCUUUUUCUCACUUUAACAUAUUUGCUUUUCUCUUUCAUUUUUUCUUUCUUUCACUUUUUCUUUGUUUUAUCUUCAUUUUCGAUAGUUACCCCCUCCCCGCUUUGCUUUCUUGA